UGUCUACCCUCUUGCCAUUGGCUGACAACUGACUCCAGCUCUGUUGUUCAGUACAAAACUGAAGGGAACGGUUCCGACCGUAAUUAUCAUUUUAAUACCGACAAGUUGAUUGGAAACACCUUCAAAACAAUAUCUGAUAACGGUCAACAACAAGGGUUUGCUUGUGAGGUCGUCAUGCCGUCUGUGUUCACCCUUUUGAACUGAGCAAGCGUCUGGUCACCUCCCCUUCAUCUUCAUGGCUUUCUGCUUUUGAGUCUGCCAGGCUUGAGCUGAAGGCAGCGAGGCAAGCGAAUUAAUGCCAUCGGCCAGGAGCUCGGGUCAUAUUAUGAGUGGAGCGACUUACAAAGCCAACGGCGCCGUGUAUCCUCCCUCAUCAGCGAUGAUGAAGAAGCCGAAGAUGGAGCAAAUUCAGGCCGACCGUGAGCUCUUCCUACAGGCCUUUGAAAAGCCCACACAGAUUUACCGAUUUCUUCGCACAAGGAACUUAAUUGCACCCAUAUUUUUGCACAGGACGCUGACCUUCAUGUCUCACAGAAACAGUCGAACAAAUGCCAGAAGGAAAACAUUCAAAGUGGAUAGUUUGUUACAGAAAGUGGAAAAAAUGAAAGGAGAGCAGGAUACACCAAGUUUGUCAUCACAUUUACAGUUAACUUUCACUGGGUUCUUCCAUAAGGAUGAAAAGCCAUCUCAGGUUUCAGAAAAUGAACAACAUUCUGUGUCCUUAGAGGUGCUACUUGUCAAAGUCUGCCAUAAAAAACGCAAGGAUGUCAGCUGUCCAAUAAAGCAAGUGCCUACAGGUAAAAAGCAGGUGCCUUUGAAUCCUGACGGUAACCAAACCAAGCCUGGCUCCUACCCGUCCUUACUGGUCUCCAGCAAUGAGUUUGAGCCCAGCAACAGUCACAUGGUGAAGUCUUAUUCACUCUUAUUCAGAGUGUCGCAUACAGGAAGGAGAAACACCAAUGGCCUGGUCAAUGGAGAGGCAAAUGAAAACAUUGAUGUAACUGAUACUCCGAGUAGAAAAAAGAGAACCUCGUCCCACAGAGAAGAGGGAGAGAAGACGGAAACGUACAUUGCCCAGAUGACCGUCUUCGAUAAGAAUAGGAGGUUGCAGCUCCUGGAUGGGGAGUAUGAAGUGUCAAUGCAAGGGAUGGACGAUAGCCCUGUGAGCAAGAAACAAGCUACAUGGGAAACGAUUCUUGACGGAAAGAGGCUGCCACCAUUUGAGACAUUUUCUCAGGGACCCACAUUGCAGUUCACGCUGCGUUGGACAGGUGACGCCAGUGGAAACUCCACUGCCACAGUCGCAAAACCCCUUGCUACCCGCAACUCUGACAGCUCCACUCCCAUGGAGUCGAGGACCAGUAACCAUCGAGCUGCAGUCAUGACGGUGAAAAAGUCGGUCACCACCGAGAUCCAGCUGAGACAAGAGCAGAUACCGUGUGAGCCACGACAGAAGCUUCGUAUAUUUUAUCAGUUCCUGUACAACAACAACACACGGCAGCAGACAGAAGCCAGAGAUGAUCUUCACUGUCCGUGGUGCACACUCAACUGCAGCAAACUCUACAGUUUACUGAAACACCUCAAACUCUCCCACUCCCGCUUUAUAUUCAGCUAUGUGCCUGAUCCCAAGGGAGCAAGGAUAGAUGUUUCCAUCAACGAGUGCUAUGAUGGUUCGUAUGUGGGCAACCCUCAGGACAUCCACAGUCAACCGGGCUUCGCUUUCAGCCGUAACGGCCCAGUCAAGAGGACCGCUGUCACUCACAUACUGGUUUGCAGGCCCAAGAGAACCAAACCAAGUUUGUCUGAGUUUCUGGAGUCGGAGGAUGGAGAGUUGGAGCAACAGAGAACCUACGUCAGUGGACACAACCGCCUCUACUUCCAUAGUGACAGCUGCAUGCCCCUCAGACCUCAAGAGAUGGAUGUGGACAGUGAAGAUGAGAGAGAUCCAGAGUGGCUCCGAGAGAAGACUGCAACGCAAUUGGACGAGUUCACAGAUGUAAACGAAGGAGAGAAGGAAGUGAUGAAGUUAUGGAAUCUUCAUGUAAUGAAGCACGGUUUUAUAGCAGACAACCAGAUGAAUCAGGCCAUCAUGCUUUUUGUCCAGAACUGUGGUGCUCACAUCAUCCGACGCAAACUCUGCCGCAAUUUCCUCUUGCAUCUGGUCAGCAUGCACGACUUUAACCUGGUGAACACGUCCACCAUUGACCGUGCUAUGGCUCGUCUGCAGCAGAUCAAAGAAGAGCUGCCGGACAGUGAGGAGCAGCAGGAUCAGAGCGUGGUCUCACCUGGGGCCUGCAAUGGCAACACUGUGACCUCCAGUGGGGGAAAGCAGGGCAAGAGGACAAAAAGUGCACUAACAGACUGAUGCACGUCAGAUGAUGAUGGAACAGUGGAUGACACGUUUGUGUUUUAUUUUGUUUUAUUUUUCAAUUAACAUUACCAACCCUUGGUGCUAGUUAGGUGGAAGAACUGGUCGACAUCACAGUUACUAGUACAAAAAGCCCGUAAAGAUUGUGUUAGUACCGUCCGGAAUAAAUCGGGUUUUGCUGGUAGGUUGCCAUGACAGUAGUAUUAUACUGUACGCUUGGAUCCUGGACAAUGACGGAGUUUGAAGAGUUUCGAUCCAGGCAGAAUUCCUACAUUAUAACCUCUAAGCCUUUUAGUCUCCAUUGAUAAAAACUGAAGUGGAUCCAGGGAACAUUUUGGGAUUUUUUUUUCCUAUGACACUGAAACCUAAGAGACUGAAAUAACCAGCAGCACAUCACCACACACGGUGUCAAGUGCACAGUAGUGGAAAUAUGGAAGUCAGCAGUUUUCUAUUGACUCAUUCAGAGUGUGUACUUGUGAUCGUCCCACCUUGUUAUACAGUAAUCAGAUCUCAAAGCAA